CGUUCUACUAUCCUUCUUCUUCCACCUCCGCCUCCCUCCACCUCUUCACCGCCGGCCGCCUCCUUCCGCUUCCUAAACCCCUUCGCGGGAGCCCCUUUCCCCGCGCCAUGCGGUCCCUUGCGCGGCCACCGAGGCCGCCCAAGCCCCUGCCCUCGCUCGCCGCCUUCGUCCAGUCCAUGGGGUACGUGGAGGUGAAGAUGCGGUGGAAGAAGGACGCGUCCUUCGACGCCGUCCCGGUGCUCGCGCACGCGCGGGACCUCCGCCCGCUCGCUUCCCUCGCGCGCCUCCUCUCCCCGUCGCCGACCCCCGUCUCCGCGGUCUCCAAGCUCCGCCGCUCGCUCGAGACCUCCGACCGCCGCGUCGCCUCCUUCCUGCGCCGCUUCCCCGCGGUCUUCGUCGAGUCCGUCGGGCCCGAGCACAACCACCCCUGGUUCCGUCUCUCGGCCUCCGCCGCGCGCCUCCAGCGGGAGGAGCGGGACGUCUUCGCCGCCCGCCGCGCCGACAUCACCUCCCGCCUUCGCCGCCUCAUCCUCAUGUCCCCGGCCCGCCGCCUCCCGCUCACCGUCGCGCAGGGCAUGCUCUGGCACCUCGGCAUCCCGGAGGACUACUUCAAGCUCCCGGAUUUCGACAUUGGGCAAGAUGGAUUCAGGAUUCUGACCACCGGAGAUGCUGUAUUUUCCGAGGAUGAGAACCAUGGCAAGGAGCUGGGGCUCAUCGACGAUGGGAAAGAUCAAGAAAUGCCACUGUCGGUGCUUCAAAUGGGUGCCAUACGGAGGUUCGGAUCGGCAGAGGAGGUGCCCUUCCCGCUGUUCCCGUCCAAGGGUCUUCGGCUGAAGCGGAAGAUUGGAGACUGGAUGGAGGGAUUCCAGAAGCUGCCUUAUAUCUCUCCCUAUGAGGAUUUCAGCAACAUCCAUCGGGGUAGCGAUGUUUCAGAGAAGCGGGCGGUUGGGGUGCUCCACGAGCUGUUCAGUCUGUUUGUGACAUGCUCUGCCGAGAGGCGACGGUUACUCUGCCUGAGGACACACCUGGGGCUGUCACAGAAGUUUCAUCUGGUGUUUGAGCGGCACCCACAUAUAUUCUACUUACUGUUGAAGGAGAAAACGUGCUUUGUUGUCCUCAAAGAGGCAUACAUGGCUGGGGGACACACAUCAAUUGAGGAGCAUCCCAUGCUUGAGGUGCGGAGCAAGUAUGCCAGGUUGAUGCAGGAGUCACAGGAGAUCAUAAGGCGCCGGCGAAGCGGGAAGCCGGUACAGUUGGAUCCUGAGGAUCAAGAGAGUGAGGAUUCGAAGGGUGUAAAUUCAGCUGCAAUCCCUUCAUAGGAUGUUUAUUAUUUUUGACUGAUCAGAGAAUAAGGAAAUGGGCAAUACGGCAUUUUACAGAUUUUUGCAACAAGAAUGAGGGGGCUUUACCCUUGGAAGCAGCAAAUUUGCAUGCAAAUAAAGGAGUUGUGUGCCUAUGCAAAGAGGUCGGUGCAGUAUCUAUGAUUUACCGUGUUCAUCUAGAGGUUCUAGAUUAGUUGACUGACACUUGGUGAUAGGCUGAUAGCUUUAGUCCAAAUUUCUUCUGGUAGAUGUAGAGUGAGGUGAUACAUGACGCAAUAUGCUUGGCGAAUGACUUUUACUUGUUCA